AUUGUUUGAAGAAUUAUAUGAAGAUCACGGAGACACACUUUCUCUGCAGUAUGGAGGUUCUCAGCUUGUCCAUAGAGUAAAAACCUAUAGAAAGAUAGCUCCAUGGACUCAGCAUUCCAAAGAUAUUAUGCAAACACUCUCAAGAUAUUAUAGUAAUGCUUUCUCAGAUGCAGACAGGCAAGAUUCUAUCAAUCUCUUUCUGGGAGUAUUCAAGCCUACAGAAGGAAAACCACAUCUCUGGGAACUUCCCACUGAUUUUUAUUUGCAUCACAAGAACACCCUCAGUCUGUCACAGACCAGGCGAAGUUAUACUUACUGGUGGACCACAGGUGUGCUAAAGCAUUUACCUCUUCCUUUUGAUGAAGUGGCAUGCCCUGAAAACAGACGCAAGUUGACAGUGAAGAAAUUCCACAAGUAUGAAGAGGAAAUUGAUAUCCACAAUGAGUUUUUUCGGCCAUAUGAGUUGAGCAGUUUUGAUGAUACCUUUUGCUUGGCAAUGACCAACUCUACACGAGACUUUAUGCCUAAGAAUGUGGGGAUUGAUCCAAGUCCUUUUACUGUUCGUAAACCUGAUGAAACUGGAAAAUCAGUGUUGGAGAACAAAAGUAAUAGAGAAGAAACGGUGCUGCAGCGCAAAACAGCUGCUAGUGCUCCUCCACCCCCAAGUGAGGAAGCAGUUUCAAGUAGUUCUGAAGAUGAUUCUGGGACAGAUAAAGAAGAUGAAGGUGCUGUUUCACAGCGUUCAACUCCAGUAAAAGUGACUGAUGCAGGAGACAAUACAAAAAUCACAGAGAAUGUAGUGCAAUCAACAAAAGAUGCGUAUGGAGUCAAUCUUUCAGAUGUUCCUUCAGAAGAAGAUCUCACAAUAUACACUAGGUUUGUUCAGCUGGGACAGAGUCAGCAUAAACAAGACAAGAGCAGUCAGCAAUUUUGCUCAAAACACCACUUGGAUAGGGUUAUAAAUUUAAUACCCAUCUCCUCCUUUUCUCAAGACAGUAUUUAUGAAGUUCAGCCUCCAAGAGCUGAUAGAAAAUCAAUAGAGAUUUUUCAUGCGCACAUUCAGGCUGGAAGAGGAGACAUGCAGCCCCUGGGAAAAGAUGACUUCCUCAUGUACAGAGAGUACAUUCGAAACAGAUACCUGUAAAUACAAGCCGGAUUCUCCUGCCAAGUCUACUGUACUGAGAGAUCAUAAAAAUAAUUUUAGAAAGGAAAUCUAGUUUUAUUAUUUUGCAGUAAUAAAUUCAUUAUCUAACAUUUCUAUUUAUUAUUCUUUAAUAUUAUCCAUUUACAGUUUGUGCUUUACAGGAUAAAAGUGAUUUAAAUAUCUGCUUUUCAGAUGAAAGAGAAAGUGUAUCUUAAGAGACUACGUGAAUAAUUGGAGUACUUACCAUCACUGAAGAAUAUAUAUCAAUUUAUGGCAAAGAAAAUACUGCAUCUUUAGGUUUUUAUGUUAAUUUCUUACAUUGUUACAUUUGCUAGUAAAGCUGAAGUGAUUUGUACAUAAGAAUCAGAAAAGAAUAGUUUUCUUCCUGUUUGUUCUAUGACAGCGAACAAUUUUUUUUUUACAGCAGAAUGUUUUCUGAUAUUUCUUUAGAUUUUUAGCAAACUGAGUGCUAAAAUGACUGCUUGUAAUUUGCUGCUUUCUUAAGCAAAGGUGAAAAAUAUGUGGCUUAUGUCAAAAUCUAAAUUUGCAUCAAGAC